AUGAAGGACCGAAUGCUAGAACUUCGGCACACCCCGAUCGGAGACCCCCAGAGUCCCCAGACCUCCAAGAGGCCCCCGGCCGACCCAGACCCCAGACAUCGCCACGGUCUGCUGGAUCCCACCCCCUUCCCUGGGGGAGAGUCCUCCAAGCCCCCCUCUCCUGGAAGGCUCUUUCUCCCCCUGAACGUCCAGGAGACUAAAGCCGACCUGGAGGACCUCAUGGCCGACAUCAAGAAGUUGGCCAACAAAGUGCGAUCCAAAUUAAAGAGUAUCCAGAAUACCAUCGAACAGGAGGAGAGCCAGAGCAAGACCUCCGCCGACCUGAGGAUACGCAAGACGCAGCACUCCACGCUCUCCCGGAAGUUUGUGGAGGUGAUGUCGGAGUACAACACCACGCAGUCGGACUACCGGGAGCGCUGCAAGGGCCGCAUCCAGAGGCAGCUGGAGAUCACUGGAAGAAACACGACAAAUGACGAGCUGGAGAGCAUGUUGGAGAGCGACAACCCCGCCAUCUUCACCUCGGGGAUCGUCAUGGACAACAUCACACAGCAGGCCAUGAAUGAGAUCGAGACGCGGCACACGGAGAUCAUCAAGCUGGAGAACAGCAUCCGGGAGCUGCACGACAUGUUCAUGGACAUGGCCAUGCUGGUGGAGAGCCAGGGGGCGCUGGUGGACAACAUAGAGCACAGUGUGCAGGGGGCCACGGAGUACGUGGGCCAAGCCCACCACAACAUCCUGCAGGCCAAGAAGACCCGGAAGACCAGCAAGAGGGGGGAGAUGAUCGACCGCGUAGAGUACAAUGUGGAGCACUCGGUAGACUAUGUGGAGCGGGCCGUGUCGGACACAAAGAAAGCCGUCAAGUACCAGAGCAAGGCCAGGAGGAAGAUGAUCCUGAUAGGCGUUUGUUUGGCCAUAUGUGUGGUGGUCCUGGUCAUUUCCCUAGCGGCGGGGCUCUCGUAGCCCCCCUCGAGGAGCUUCUGGACCCAAAAGCACGGUCCAGGGGCCACAUCACCACCGUGAGGCUCAGAAGGCCCAGGACCCCCAGGGUCUCCUGCCUCGCUCCCCCGUUCAAACACCGGGAAGUGCACUUAAGCUGUGGCACCGAAACAGUAAUGGGCCCUACUCACCUAGCCGCCAUCGCGGUGCUAAACGGUAGCUGGUGGUGGAACGGACCCAGCUAGUGCUUAGAACCAAGACAGAGCCGGGAUGGCCGCUAGGGGGUAAGGUCCAUGAAGGUCUUUUCUCAGAGUCCACCCCGGCUCAGACACUGGGGGUCGCUAUUAGCAACCGACUUGGAGCCUGGGAGCCCGGCAGCUCCGAAGCCAAGAGACACAUCGAUGCAUGUGAUUCUUCUGUGUUUCUGUAGUCAUGUCGUUUGACGCGCUUGUCUUGAACCCGCACUGCGUCUGCUGUUGGCUGUUCUGACAAACAAAGUAGACGUGAGUGUGCAGAGUAAGUGUCAGUGUGGGAUCAUCAUGCUUGGGGGGGGGGGGAUUUAUACUUCUGUCAAAUUGUCUGGAGGAAUGCGAUGGGAUUGUACGUCACAACACUACCAAACCAUACGGGGGACUGCUCACAGAGGCUCUGGGCCUGCGGUCCCUCCAGAAGAACGGCCCCCUCUCUAGGGCCUCUGGGCUGGGGUCCCUCCAGAGCCCGGACCGAUCUGUCUGUCACGCCAUUUCAGAGCCACAUAAAGAGAAUGGCGGCCCCUCUGCCCGUCACCGACCGGACGGGGGUCCCGGUCACGGCCGUCUGCAUGGUGUUCUCGUGAUGCAUGUUGUGGGCAGUCCAUUUGCAAAGCUCUGCAUGCUUGCUGCAUGAUGCAAUUCAGUAACAUAGGAAGCCAGGGAACCGGAAACAGGCAAUAGGAAGCCACAGAACCGGAAACAGGAAACAGGAAGCCACACAAAUACUAAGAGAACAAUUAAGUAGAAGCGAUUAUUUGUUUCAAUCCAGCGUUGCAUUCACAGCUUAAAAAAAUAUUUGAAUUACCUUUAAAAAUACAAUCAAAGCAUUAAAAGUAAUUUGUUUCACUGCAUGAAAAUUACGAAAGACAGUUAAUAUAAUUAUUAUAUAUUCCCUAUAAUACCCCCAUUUACCUUCCAAUAAGGAGCCUGGUUAACCGACUUGCAAUUAUCCUCGCCAAUGUAUAUAUAUUUAUGGGUACUAAUAUCAAAUAGGAUAUAAUUAUACCGCAGUGGCUGCAUUGUGCAUGAUAUGGUGUUCCAUGCUGUAACAUACGUUUCCAACUUCUAAUGUGUGGAUUUCUCUUUUCUCUCCCAACCCGCUGCCCUUGAUGACGUGUUUUAACCAAAUCGUAACAAUCGUGCAGAAGAAAAUCAUGAUUAUCAUCUGCUGUGUGGUGCUGGGAAUAGUGAUAGCUUCUGUGAUCGGAGGGACGCUGGCCUGAAACACACACACACACACACACACACACACACACACACACACACACACACACACACACACACACACACACACACACACACACACACACACAAACAAACAAACAAACAAACAAACAAACAAACAAACAAACAAACAAACAAACAAACAAACAAACAAACAAACAAACAAACAAACAAACAAACAAACAAACAAACAAACAAACAAACAUCCCACACUCACUCAAUACUUUGCACCUCUAGACCAAUCAUUUGCAAAAAAGGCCAAACAUCCACUCUUCAGUUGCGUGCUUUCUGGCUGAGUUCUGUGAUCAGAAGGUGGCAGAUAGACAGCCCCACCGCGGCCUCCCAGCGGACCUGCUCCUGCAUGCCUUUCUCUUCGGUAAAUGUUGGUGCUGCAAAAUGUUUAAUUGGAGUGUUGAGUGUUGUCAAAAGAUGUGAAGGUGUUUCUGAAAGUGGAACCUUCGAGGGACAAAAAAUAACAAAAUGUUGUUCAAAUAGACCAUCCCAUCACCUGACUUCCAAGCGGGCCGUUUGGGGGUCUACUUUGGGUUGCCUUGGACAGGCAGUUGUUAACCCUCAGUGAUUGAUUAACCAGGUUGAAUUAUAAACAUCCACUCAGUUCUGGGUUUACUUACCGCAUCGCAGAAGUUUCCUCUCUCCGUUGUCCUCCCUGCUGAAUCCCUGCAUGGUAAAGUGGCGUAAUGUAUCCACAUGUAGGAUGGGUUAUGGAUCUGCUGCUGGACGCUACUGACCACUCUGCCAAACCUCCCUUCCUGAGUGAGGUAGUCACUUAACGUGUUGCCCAUUUGGCCUUACCAGCUAAAACCGCAUCAGAUUGAUGCUCGGAUUUUGAAUGUGUGAGUCAACGUAUACGUGUGUGAGUGUGAAAUUGUGCGCGUGUGCUUGUGUGUGUUCAUUGGUAUGUGUUUGGCUGUUGCGUGUGGUUGUGACUACCCGUCGCGGUCUGUUCUGUUCAACAUGAACGUUCCUUCACAGAUAUGAAGCUCAGUAACCUUGCCGACACGUUCAAAAGAAAUAGGAAAAUAUGUUAAAUAGCCUAUCUUUAGUUUAGCUAUAAAAGUUGUAAUGAUCAUAUGCACAUUAUCAUGGGGAUGUGUGUCCAUCCUCUGUUCUUAUUUAUUCUGGUGUUUUUUUUAUUAUUGUUGAAUGCGCUAACUCACUGCAUCAACACACUCAGCCAAUUGUCAGCAUGAGGUCUAGGUGGUGGCUGUAAAAGGCUCAGAUAUCAGUUAUCACAAUCUGGCGACAGUGAAACUACUAAGACAUGUUACCGUGAUGCCUACUCAACGUGUGGCCUUUGUGCUGUGAUGGUUUGGUUUUAUUUGUUUACUUCUAAUGUAUAUUUAUGUUGUACUAUUUUUUUAAUAAAGUUUGUCUCAAAAAUAACCACAGAUUUUGUGUAACACUCUCCAUUUAAUUAUUAUACAUAAACAUAACGACUGUUAUGAAAUGGAUCAAAGCACAUCAUGUAAAGUAUGAUGCUACGCAGGGACACGGGAAGUGGGGGUGCUUAGGGGUGCUGCAGCACCCCCCCCCCUGGCGGUGGCGUAACUGCAAGUGAGAACGUUUUCUGAACAAAUCAAUUUUUAUUUUUAUUUUUAUAAUUUUAUCAUACAACAUGAUUUUUCAUUUAAUUAUUGACAUCCACCCUUUUUAUGAUAUUUAUCAUAUUAUCAUUUCAUUUUAUUUAGAACAUUGUCUGUGUAGGCUGACGUAGGCUAUGACGCACAACGCAGAACUGUCCAUAGCUGAUAUGGUACUAUGCUGAUUUUACAUAAGCAUGUUGGUGUUCAACAUCUGUUGUAGUGAACAUUCUAAAACUGGUGUAAAUUGGUAGCCGCCAUAUUAAUAGACACGUUGAAUGUUAUCUUUGAUUCUGGCAUCCCGCAGGUAAACUGGUUGGCAACAAAAGAGCAAAGACGGACGGUUCACUUGACGGAGAAACCGUCACUUUCCUCAUAUCAGACAACUCGUAACUUGAAGGCUUUCUUUUAUUGUCCCUUCCCUUUGUAAACCUUUAGAAAUAACCUCCUGAAUCCUUGUUAUAAAGCUGUGUAUAAUCCUGGACCGCAACAGCCUGUCGGCAUGUUGUUAGUGUGUGCAAUUCAGCACAUUAUCAGCCGAGUUUACUCUAAUUUCCACAUUGUUUACUUGCUAACGUUUGUGAAUAACAGUGGCUGGUUGGCAGAACUCUUUUUACACACCAGUAAGUGAUUAUCAGAGCGGAGCUGUCACGUUAAAAUUGUACCGGGGGCGAAAAUUGUACGGGCCUACGUCAUCAGUUGUUUACAUCUUGACAACCUGCCUGGCAACAGACGACGCGAUCGUCUGUUGGCGACCAGGUUGCAAAAAACAUUCGGCUCAUG